CCAAAUGACAGCUCUUCCAAGAAGAGCCCUCAACAAACCUAGCCGGGCCAAAUUAUGGCAAGGUGUCAGCGAAAGCGCAAAAUGCGCAAAACCCGGUGUCGCUCCAAAUCGGGGAGAUUUAAAAGAUGUACUCGGGGUGAUCGGCGUUACCGAGUCAGACUGGCGUCCUGUCGUCGUCGAGCCCGCAGUCGAUGCCGCCGUCGCCGUCGCCCACGUUACAACUGGCGUUGUCGCUCGCGAACUGGCUCCUUCAAAAGAUGCAGAUAUUGUGACAGGCGGUACAAGAUACGACGCCGAUCCUUAUCUUAAGCUACUAUUGCGGCAUAGCGGCAACUUUCGUAAAAAGGUCAGUUCGGCGUUUAACAUUAAAAUGUGAUCGAAAUUGUUUGUGCGACAGUGUUAUCUGAUUUGUUUAAAUAAAUACAUUCCUAAAUAAUA